AUGUUAAGAGCUGUAAGAAAUGUCAAUUUAAAUAAAGUAUCUAUUCGUAAAACUGCAGCGGAAUUUAAAAUAAACUAUCGCACACUUGCUAGGUAUUGUAAAAAAAUACCCGAAAAAGAACAAUUAGAUACUAAAAUUGUUACUCCUUCAGUCAAUGUUGGUUACAUUAAAAAUAGAAUGGUUUUUAAUGAAACAAUAGAGAGUCAACUAGAGUCCUACAUUUUAAGAGCUUCUGAUAUUUAUUUUGGUUUAUCCCCUAAAGAAAUUCGUACUUUAGCUUACCAAAUAGGCAUUGAAAAUUCUUUGAAUAUUCCUCAGUCAUGGACAGAAAAUAAAAUGGCCGGUUCAGAUUGGUUUACUGCAUUUUUAAAACGACAUCCUACGUUGUCUAUUAGAACACCAGAACCAACAAGUUUAGCUCGAGUUUCAAGUUUUAAUCGUACAAACGUUGAUUCAUUUUUUGAUAAUUUGUCUACGGUUAUGUCGAGACACUUUUUUCAAGCUCAUGAAAUAUGGAAUAUGGACGAAACUGGCGUGACAACAGUUCAAUCCCCUAAUAGAGUAGUGGCUCGACGUGGAUACAAACAAGUAGGAAGUAUAGUUUCAGCAGAGCGAGGUACUUUAGUGACCAUGGCAUGUGCAAUUUCAGCUAUCGGUAACAAUAUACCACCAUUUUUUGUGUUCCCUAGUGUCCAUUAUAAAGAUCAUUUUGUAGCAAACGGUCCACCAGGUUCCAAUGGUUCAGCUAAUCCUUCUGGUUGGAUGCAAGAAAAAGACUUCAUCUUGUUUCUUAAACACUUCCAUAACCACGUAAAAAGUACAACCGAACGACCUGUAUUAUUAUUGUUGGACAACCAUGGAUCACAUUUGAGUAUUGAGGGGCUUAAUUUUGCAAAAAAUAAUGGCAUUAUUAUGCUAUCUUUUCCUCCUCAUUGCUCACAUAAAUUGCAACCUCUCGAUAGAACAGUAUUCGGGCCAUUCAAAAAGUAUUUAAAUUCUGCUGGUGAUUCUUGGAUCAUAAAUAAUCCAGGCAAAACAAUGACCAUCUAUGAUAUACCAACUACUGUUUCUCAAGCUUAUCCUCUUUCUAUGACGCCUAAAAAUAUUCAAUCUGGCUUCAGGUGCACAGGUAUAUAUCCAUUCAAUAGAAAUAUUUUUUCUGAUUUCGAUUUUGCACCAAGUUAUGUAACAGAUAGAGCAGAUCCGACAUCUCAAAACACAAACACAGAAUCUAAUAGUUCAUUUAAUGGAAAUGUGGAAUCUGAAAUUGAUACAGUUAUUCCCAAUUCACCAAAUAUACCACUUGUAGAACUUAGUAAUUCCGAAAUGUUUAUUUCUAAUCCAAAAGCUUUCAAAACAAAUCAAAAUAAUUCUUUAUUUUUAAAUGUACUGGAAGAACCCAUUGCUGACCAAAGUUAUUCAAAACAAUCUUCUUCAACAACGCCCAAUCAUGAAAAAAGCCAAACCAUUGUCUCCGAUUGAUAUUCGACCAUUUCCAAAAGCAUCUGCUAGGAAAACAAUCAAAAAUAAUCGACGAAAACGUGAAACUGCUA